CACGCACACACGCUUCAUGACUGAGCCUGUGGUUCUCUCGGGGAGCAGUGCAGAGUAGCGGGGGCAGCCGUCACAGAAAAGGAAAAGCAGCACCGAGGUGUCACCGGAGCCAUAGAAGAUGGUGCUGAAGCCAAGGUGAUGCCAUGGACCACUUCCACUCAGCCGCGCAGACACAAAGCUGUUCAACAGACACCACAGAUGCUUCACCAGCUGAGCGCAGCGCUGAUCUGCAGUUCCCAGUGGCAGCGUUCUUCAGGAGGCAAAUGCUGUUCAGCCAACUUCUUGCUAGAUGUUUUUGAUGAAUGUCGCUCUGAAUGGGAAUGCCGGUGUGGUCGAGUUGCGGGAGAGUUGAAAGCUAUGGUUAGUGGGGUUCAGGCCUGGCAAGCAACAGCGACCAGUCAAGCAAAGUAGCAGCAAAGACAGAGGAAAUAUUGGGAGAGAGGAGGAGACAGAGGGAUUAUAUGUGGAUAUGUGGCAAUAUCUUGAUUACGUCAAAUGUGACCAUGGAGACACUGAGAUUAGAUGGUAUGCACCUUAAUGAGUGGGAGCACCCAAUCACUCUGAGUGAACAUAUGACAUUAUCAAUGAACCUUAGUCUUGGGAUUAUUUAUUCUUUGCAAAAAAGUGAGGCCUCUAAUCUAGUUUAAAACUGAAACAAAAACACAACAAUGGUUCACAUGAAGCUCCAGCGAUGAUGUCAUCAGAUUAUCUCCAGUGAAGCGCCAGCGAUAAUGUUGUCGAGCGUGAUGCUGGGUGUCUUCCUGUCCCUCCUCAUCCUUCUGACUGUCGGAGGCAACGUGCUGGUGUGCCUGGCCGUCUGCGCCUCUCGACGCCUCCGCUGCCUCACUAACUGCUUCAUCGUGUCGCUGGCAGUGACGGACUUGCUGCUCGGCCUCUUGGUCCUCCCCUUCUCCGCCCUCCUCCAGCUCAAUGACGAGUGGCCACUCGGCCCGGUCUUCUGCAACUUCUACAUCUCCAUGGACGUCAUGCUGUGUACUGCCUCCAUCCUCACCCUCCUGGCCAUCAGUGUGGACCGCUACCUGGCAGUGACCAUGCCUCUGAGAUACACCUCACUGGUGUUGCCGUGGAGGGUUGCUGUGGCGAUGGCCAGUGUUUGGACGGUGUCUGUCGCCGUGUCUUUCUUGCCCAUCCAAAUGGGGUGGAACACCGUUAAUGGGACAGUGCAGAACCACGGGCCUUGGGCUCCAGAGAGGAGAUGCCGUUUUGAGCUGAACAGACCCUACGUGCUGACCGACUCUCUCCUCACUUUCUACCUGCCUCUGGUGGCCAUGUGCUGGACCUACCUCCGAAUACUUCGCAUUGCACGGGCACAGGCCAAACGCAUUAUCAGUGCCCGACCCACUUACAUCACCAGCUACAACUGCAGAAGCAGUCCUCCCACUGGUACCACAGUGGUUUGCAGUGUUACAGCAGUGGCUCUGCGGGAGCACAAAGCCACAGUGACGCUGGCAGCAGUGAUUGGGGCUUUUGUGGUGUGCUGGCUGCCGUAUUUCAUCCUGUUCACAGUGCUGGGCCUGAAGGAGCAUCCAGACCCUAGCGCGGUACCAGAAUUUCCCAUUGUGUUGUGGCUGGGUUACGCCAACUCAGCCCUCAACCCUUUCCUCUAUGGAGCCCUCAACAGGGACUUCAGGUCAGCCUAUGCCCAUCUACUGAAAUGUCGAUGCCCUACUUACAGUGGGUGGAGGAGCCGUCAGCCGUCUGCCAUUGAAACAGCAGUCAGAGAUGACCUUACAGAGGUGACACUGCUCUGUGGCCACGCCCCUUCCACCUGCAUGGCAGGUCAAACAGAUCAAAGCUUCAUGCUUCAAGAAAUGAACAGCGGGACAGUUACAGCGGCUGCCCAAUUUACAAAUGGCUCUGCUGCCACAGAUGUCAAUGGCAAUGAAAGCAAUCACUCUAUCCGCAAUCAAACAAACAAAAAUGGGAGAACACGGGACCUCAGUAACUCAACUCAGCAAGAACCAGCUGCAAGCACAGAGCCAGCCUCCAUUUGCCCAGGACCGAACAAAUGAGGACGGUUCUACGUGGACAAGGCUAAAAGUUAAGCUGCCUGAUGAAAUCCUUCCACUGCAGCCAACCAUCAAACAGGGCAACAUGUGGCCCUGAUAUGCUCUCGAACUAACUGCGGAUAGUACUGAAGCACUGGAGGACUAAAUAAAACCAGCUGAUUAACUUAUUAGUAACUAUAUUUUUUAUGCUGACUCAAGAGCGCACUCCAGUGGAAGCACAAAGUAUCGCAACUUCAACCUGGAAAAAAGGAAAAGGAAGUGGGCGUUUUACAAAUUCAGGGAAUGGAAGGGGACAAGUGAGAAACUGACUUUUAUGACACGUUGUGUGUAAUGUGUUGGCAUGUGUGACAUUUGAAUGUGCAGCAUGAAAACUUAUGUCAAUGUGUCCAUUUAGAAAAAUGCAGCCGCCUCCAGACUUCGUCUUUACUGUUGCUCAUUCGUUGGCAGAAAGCUGGAAACUGUAUUUAUUCUAUAAUACUGUAAAAGUAACUGAGGACUGAAAAAAAUGGAAUGUACUGUUCCUCGGAAAGAGAACAUUACAACCACACUGAACCAAUAAAGAGCAGCUUAAAUAAAGAAUACAAUACAUACUAUGAUUUUGGAGGCAAAGUAGUUAAGUCUGGAUAGGGAUUAUCAUGUGGGAUGAUACAGAAAACACAGUGCGAGCAUAAAGGAAUACAAGAACAAUGGAAACAAUUCAUCACAGCUGUCAGCACAUAUUCCCUCAAACUAUUGCCACAUUAACACUUAACCUUCUCCAUACUUCAAGUGAUUUCCUCUGAGGACUGACACAGAAGUGUACAUAAUAUCUAUCUGCAUGUCAGGCACCAGCUGGAAACAAGUGUUAGAGGGGAUUUACAACCCAUUCAACCAAGAGGAAGCCCUUAUUUGGUAUUUAUAACAACUAGGAUAGUCAUUUCUUCAAUUAAGCUCCACAGAUUUUGUUCAGUUCUUAUUUAUCCAGGCUAGAUUAGCUGAGAAUGAAAGCUCUUUUACAGAAACUUCCUGCAUCACACUUAAUCGCACUAACAGCCACAUUGACCACUGAGUAACUCCACUGAAGCAGCAGGGGGUUAAAGGAUAGGUUCAGAUUUCUUGCUUAAUAAAUACCCACAUGCACUCUAACCUUCCCUCCUAACGGCUAGGACGUGAUCCCUU